CACAAGAAUUGAAAUACAUUUGCAUUCUGUGUAUGUAUGUGCUUCGUGAACAAAGUGGGCGAAGGGACAUUUUGUAAUCCACGAACCAGGUCCAUGACCAUGAGCGGUCGUUUCCCUGUAGCCGUAGUGGCCGCGGCUGUGCUAUUGACGUGGGUAGCGCAGCUCCGGGCGACGACGACGGUAGUGGUGGCCACGGCGAACAAACAAGCAGGGCAUGAAGCAGACCGCGUCGUCUGGGUGCCCGGGCAGCCCGCCGACGUGGACUUCCCCAUGUACUCAGGGUACGUCACCGUCGACCAUCACGCAGGCCGAGCACUGUUCUAUUGGCUUCAGGAGGUGCCUCCGAAGGCUCAGCCAGCACCGCUCGUGCUGUGGCUGAAUGGCGGGCCUGGGUGCUCGUCGGUGGCGUACGGCGCUUCCGAGGAGCGGGGCGCGUUCCGCAUCCGGCCUGACGGCGCGGCGCUCUUCCUCAACAGGUACCGGUGGAACAGAGCGGCGAACAUCCUGUUCUUGGACUCGCCGGCCGGCGUCGGAUUCUCCUACACCAACACCACCUCCGACCUUUACAACUCCGGCGACCGGAGAACAGCUCAUGAUUCGUACAAGUUUUUGGUGAAAUGGUUUGAGAGGUUUCCGCAGUACAAGUACCGCGAUUUCUACAUCGCUGGGGAGAGCUACGCAGGGCACUACCUUCCGCAGCUCUCACAGAUUGUGUACCGGAAGAACAAAGGGGUGGAGAAACCGAUUAUCAACUUCAAAGGCUUCAUGGUCGGGAACGCGGUGACGGACGACUACCACGACCAAGUGGGCACGUUCGAGUCAUGGUGGAACCACGGGCUCAUCUCCGACGCCACGUACCGGUUUCUGGAGGCCACCUGCGUGCACGACGAAAUCGAGCACGCGUCGCCACCGUGUAACGCCGCCUACGACGCAGCAACAGCGGAGCAGGGCGACAUCGACCCCUACAGCAUGUACACGCCAACGUGCAACCAGACGUCGUCGUCGUCGUCGUCGUCCACGCCCAGGAGGAUCCGGAGGCUCAAGGGCCGCUACCCAUGGAUGAGGGCAUCUUAUGACACGUGCACCGAAAGACACUCCACAGUGUAUUACAACCGCCCGGAGGUGCAACGGGCUCUCCACGCCAACGUCACCGGCAUAAACUACACAUGGGCCACCUGCAGUGACACCAUCAGCAACAACUGGGGAGAUUCACCAAAGUCCAUGCUUCAUAUCUACAAGGAACUUAUUGCAGCUGGCCUGAGAAUAUGGGUCUUCAGUGGAGACACGGACUCGGUAGUCCCCUUGACAGCAACGAGAUACUCCAUUGAUGCUUUGGACCUUCCAACUGUCGUUAGUUGGUAUCCUUGGUAUGACGACAUCAAGGAGGUUGGUGGAUGGAGCAAAGUGUACAAUGGGCUGACCUUGGUGACUGUCCGUGGGGCAGGGCACGAAGUUCCUCUCCACCGCCCCAGACAGGCGCUCAUGCUGUUUCAACACUUCUUGAAUGGGGAACCCAUGCCUAAAAAUGGAACUGCCGCGUAACUCCCAUUUAUUUUCUCAGCAUAAAUAAUGAGAAAUAUCACCUUUGGUGUGAAUGGGGAAACAAUGGAAUGAAAUCAUGAAUAAAGAUGGGCUAUCAAAUUAUCAUGGUCA